UUGUGUAUUGGAUGGUCCACGUGUGUGACAGUUGACGACGUAGUACUUAAGUGCAUAGUGACAUCAUGGGAAGGAUUCUUUCAGAUCACAAAGAGGACCUGUUCUUCCUGCAGAGCCCCCGUCCCCAGACUCAAAGACAAUGAUACACGUCCCCUCCCCAGGCCAGCGAUGAUGAUAUGUCCCCCCUCCCCAGACCAGCGAUGAUGAUACGUCCCCCCUCCCCAUACCAGCGAUGAUGAUACGUCCCCCCUCCCCAGACCAGCGAUGAUGAUGAUGAUAAUGAGUCUGUCAGUGUCCUAGUCAUGUGAUGCCUAUACACUCAUCAAUCCAGUGUUUGGCUGAGGCACAACAACGCACAUGCAUCUUUUCUGCGUAUAUUACACUGUUACAACGCAAUGCUGAUUUGGUGAUCGUGUUCAAUGAUUAAGCCAUAAUGGAAGAAGACCCUCAGGAGUUGUCCUAUUCCUCGGAACACAUCGAACAGCUUCUUCAGUGUGCUAUCUGUCUGGAUCGCUUCAAACAACCUAAACUAUUGCCAUGUCAGCACACAUUCUGUGAAACACCCUGUCUCGAAAAUCUCGUUAAUUUCCUUUCAAGGAGUAUAAAAUGUCCAGAGUGUCGAGCGGAGCAUCGUGUACCCUAUCAGGGGGUCUCGUCUUUUCCCAACAAUCUAACAAUCAGGAACUUCCUUGAAAUUCCCACAAAACGUAUACGACGGACCAGUGGGGGUUCCGGUGGGGAUGGAGCAGGGGGUUCUACCGUGGCUUCUGGUAGCACUAGUGCUGCGGGAGGUAGUGGAGGCGCAUGUGCCUCAAGUGUAGGAGGACAGUAUAUAAAUGCUGUGGCCCAGGACAGGGAGCCCCCGACGGCUGCAGCAUCUCGCUCCGGGUGCACUAUAUGUACAAGGGAGACAACUUUGUCACGAUGUGCUCACUGUGAUCAAGUUGUAUGUGACGCCUGUAAACGAUCUCACAUGGACCACAUUAAGCUGGAUGUGGCACGGCUGGUCGGCCAGAUACGACGCGGUAUACCGCACAUGUCCGAUGCGGUCAAUCACAUGGAGAUCAAAAUCGAGGCAUUACGACAACGAUCAGAAAGUGGUAAGGCGGAAAUUACAGAGAUCAUAGAAAAGUACAUAGCAGAGCUUCGGUCACGUCAACGGCUGUUACACAGUGAGGUAGAAAUGUUCCUCCUCGGGGAAGUUCGGGCACUCAGGAUGCACCAGGAAAAUCUAGAGGUCGAAAUGGCUAGUAUAGCCAGCUUCUGUGAUACAAAUGAGUCCACACUUAGCAGAUCUCAGCAAAAUACAUCUGAUGAGGGCAUUGUUGAAGAUAAGAAACAGUGUGUGGAAUAUAUGGAAUUAUUGCGCUCUUAUGAAUUAGGUAACUAUCCUUUGCCAAGAGAACGUUCUCUUCAGUUUUACAUGGAGGAAAAUAGACUUUCAAAUGUCAUUGCCGGUUUUGGAGAAAUCGUUACUAAUAAUUCACAGUCAACUUCAGAGAGCCAGUCGUCAGCAUCCUCCAGGGAUUCCUCGCCCGUAGUAUCCCUGACAAAUGUUGUGACCACCACCCCUUCUCUGACCACAACCACCACCCCCAGCACAUCUACUGCUAAUUCUGGUCCCAUGAACACUGACCGAGCCUUGGCCCUUAUCAGGGGAGGACAUCACCUCAGUGCUUUUACAACACCUUCCCCGGCUCCCGACUCCGAUUCUGAGGCACGGAGCAGUCCCCUUCCGCGGAGGACACUCCAGGAAAGACGGCGUGGGCACAUGUCUGACACAAGGAUUGCAGGGCUGAUGGCUGGUGGUGGAGGAGGUGGCGGUAGUGGUGGUGGAAGUUCCAGCCCAAGAACCUCAACUGCCAGUGCUUUGAGGGAGCGCCGCUUGAAUCGUAGUCUGAGUACUGGUGCUUCUCUAUUUACACCUGUAUCAAGUCUCACAAAUCAGCCCUCCACUUCCAUACAGGAGGAGCCCUCAGCCUCUCCUUCUCCACGACCUAGGAGGGCAGAGAGGAGUAACACUUUCAGCAGAGAAGAGAGUAACACUGCUUCAGAGGUCGUACCACAAACUUCGCGUGUCAGCUCUGCAGAUGCUCGUCCUCGGGCUAGGCCGCCAGUCAGGUUUGAUGUAGGCCUUGAUGACAAUGGAGAUCAGAAUGAGUUACCGGGAUUGGAGCUCUUGUCUUUCUCAGACAACGAGAGCUGUGUGGUUACCACAGCAACCAACAACUAUCAGGAUAAAGGAAGGGCCAUCAUCAGGUUUGGACAGCGAGGAACAGACUUCAUGCAGUUCACUUGGCCUCGUGGAGUGGCUACAACACGUGAGAACAAUAUACUUGUUGCCGAUAGUAGCAAUCACAGAGUGCAGGUGUUUGAUUCUGUUGGAAAGUUUGUGAAAGUUUUUGGCUCCUACGGUCAAGGAGAGGGUGAGUUUGAUUGCCUGUCAGGGAUAGCGGUCAACAGUUUUGGUCAGGUGAUUAUUUCUGACCGUUACAAUCACCGUAUCCAAGUCUACAAUCGCCACUGUGAAUUUGAGUUGGCCUUUGGUACAGAGGGGUCGGACCAAGGACAGAUGUUGAAUCCAUGGGGUGUUGCCUGUGACAACAUGGGCUUCAUCUACGUUUGUGACAAGGAGAAUCACAGAGUUCAGGUCUUCCAAACAAACGGCAGGUUUGUCCGAAUGUUUGGAGCGCUCGGACACCGUUCCGGUCUGUUUGAAAACCCUCAUUUUGUUGCCAUCAGUCCAGAUAACAAGAUUUUUGUCAGUGACAGCAGUAACCACCGGGUUCAGGUUUUCUCUAUGUACGGAGACUUUCUGUUUGCGUUUGGAUGUCCAGGGACCAUGGAGGGCCAGAUGAGAUUUCCAAAGGGUAUAGCCAUUGACGACCAAGGAUUUGUGGUUGUCGCAGACUCUGGUAACAACAGAGUUCAGGUUUUCCGCGGCAAUGGCAGAUUCUACUGUAUGUUUGGAUCCUAUGGAAGUGACAAUGGGCAGUUCAAGGGUAUAGAAGGUGUAGCCAUCCUUGGCAACGGAAAUAUCAUCAUUAGUGAUCGAGAGAAUCAUAGAAUUCAGAUUUUUUAAUUUUAGAAAUUUCAGAAGAGUUUUAUGAGUCGUGCUUUAUGAUUCAGGAUUUUAGGAUGAGAGUUAUUGCUGCAGAUGAUAAUUAUCUGUAUAAUGGUGCUUGUUUGUGUUCAAGAGUAGAUUUAUUUAUCUAACCAGGGCUUGUGGACUCAUUGUAGUGGAUUACCUCUAAGAUAAGGACAAGCAGGUAUGCAUUGUGUGUGUUUGGGUUGUGAUGCUAACCAGAUUUUCGUGUUAGGAUAUAUCAUACCUCGGAAUAAUUCUCUUGGUAACAAGAUGACACGGCCGGUGCGUAAGCAUAAAAGUGCCAAGAGAAUACACAUUUUUACAUGUGCUUUGUUAGUGAUAUGGACAUGCCGCAGCGAGGCAUGUGAAUUUUGCGCACAUCUGUUGCAGAACUUUCUGCUGUUCACAUGAAUAUAUGAAUCAUCAACUUAAUUGUUACCAUGGUUUCCCAUCAUAAUGAAUCUCCUGUGCCGAAGGUUUAGUCAACAUAACAGUUUGUUUGCAGUUUAUUAGGCGAAGUUAAAUAUAUUUAGGAUUUUGUUAAUCAUCAGACAUUUUCAGAGAUUUGCUGACAUCUUUUCUACGUAGCGAGUGAAAACAAUUUGACCUUGGGUAUAUUUAGAUACUGAUAAAUUAGCCGGUCCCUAAUAAGAUAUUUCUUUGCCAAUUUAAUAGCAUUAGAUUACAUUGCUAUUAGGUACUAUGUAAAAACAAAAUCAUAGUAAACAUCUUUAAUCUUCCAAAACUUUUUCAAAUGUAUUUUCCGUUUAAACAUUGGAACCCCUAAAAAAGAAGGGGUUUUUGGGGUUUUGUUUGUUAAAUACCAUAUAAACCCUUAAAACGUUAAUAUUGGUCUGUGAAUUCAUAUAAUUUACCAGGCAAUAACAAAGGUUAGACAAACACUCAUUCACCCCUGAAAUUGCAUAAUGAACUAUUCCAACCUUUGAAUUGGAAGAGUUCAAAAGUGUCUUCAGGGGGUGAAUGAGUUAAAAGUUGAAAAUUCACACUUAAUGACUAUUUAUUCAUUUUGGACAAUAAAGAAAAUAAUUUCACUCAUGAAUCACCAGUGCACUGAAAUUUUUCGGUGUAUGUAUGCUAAUAUCACUUUUGGGUGGGAAUUCUUUCUAAGGUUACACAUUAUAAGGUCAUAGAGGGAAUAGCUAAAGUUAAAUUAUGUAUGUCUAUAUACACCAUGUCUUCCAGUGUUACAUCACAUGUACAGCUUUUACAUUCUCCAAACAUUCCCAAUGCCAGAAUACAUUAACCAGAACCUGAGGCCCCUAACAGAGACAGACCCAGCUAGAUACACUAGCCGUGACUAAUACAACCGCAUCCCAUAACAUUGAGGCUUCUCAACAAAUAUUACUCUGGAAAUGAAAAUGUAAAAAUAAAAAAAAUAUCUGUUUCUCCUAUUCAGAUAUAUAAGCACUUCUUUAUGAAAUGUAACUUUGAAAUUAUAGCUAUGGCUUCUAUCAAAAGAUUUCUUAUCUAUUUUCAAUUAGCGUGUUUUUGAUGGAAUGAACAUGUAGCAGACAUACGCUUUCUGUUGUUCAUUAUUUCAGUGUAUAAAACUGUCUUUGUUGCCUUUGUUUAUAAAUUUACAGAAUUUAUCAUCUUUAAAGUUGACUAUCACUUAAUUUGCCCUUCUUUUGAGUCCUUUGUAAGAGUGGCCAUGGGUAAUGUCUCAAUUACCAGCUUCCUUUGCACCUGAUCUUGAAAAUUUGUUCUUUAUAAUUAAUGACGCAACAUAUACAUUGAGCAUAACAUAGUACACUUGCGCAAUCAAAAUGGUUUCACUAAACUGUGAUAAAUAACAGUCUGUAUACACACAACUAAAUCAACAAUAUUGGCAGUUAGAAAAUGAUGGUGUCGCAUAUCAUUGAAUUUAUUAUUAGCUGAAAAUUAAUUCCAUCAAACUUGUUCACUGAAUUUGGUGAAAUGAUUGUUAAGAAGCCCUUUGUCAAACUUGGUGAUGUCAAAAGUUUAGAGUCACACAGCUAAUUCAUAUCUCUUCCUGAAUGAUCGUGUGGUGGAUUUUGCCAAAAAAUGGUCGCUGAAUUUUAUCAAAUGUAGUCGUGUAGCAUAAUCUUUGGGGUCAGUAAUGGUCCAGGUGUUUCGCUGGUCGCGUUAGACAGAUGGUCGCUUAAUACAGUUAAAUUGCAUAGUAAAAACGUUCGGGAGGCGUGAAAAUUGGUCGCAUAAAACAUGUUUCUUCAACACAGAUGGUCGCUUGAACAGAUUUGACUAUUAAAUAUAACUGCCCUUUUUGAUGAUCUCAAUAUGACUUGAAACACUUAACAACAAAAACAGUUGGACAGCACAUUUUACUAGUAAACGUUUAUCUCCCCUUCAUCCUCUUAUUUUUGAAAGGAUUUCUUUCAAAUUUAUUUUGCUACAACAUCUCGCUAAUGAUAAAUGACUUCCAAUUUAUGAUAAAUAUCUCUUCCAAUUUUUGCAUAAACACUGUAUGUAUUCAAGAAACUGGUUUUUUUUUAUCGAUACUAAUGUCCAUAUAUAUAGUCCUGAUAUAUUGCCAAAUCUCUAGCAGUUGAUUAUUGAUGGUUUUAUAAUCUUUUAAUUUAUUAUUGUUUGAUAAGCAUUAGUGAGUGAAGUAACCGUGCAUAUAAUUUACAAACUAGUAAUCCGUCCAAUAAAUUAUGUCCAAAUCAAAUAUUAUUAGCAUUGUUUUAGAAGUGUUUAAGCACCCAUUUUGUUAUUCAUGAAUUUUUCCACAUUUACAUUUUAGUCGUUAGUUACUUUUAUUUUAUUUUGUCAGGUUCUGGUGUUACAUAUGAAACAUUUAUGUGGUAUAUGAUAUAGUUUUAGAGAAAUAUAGGAAAUUUGUUGGAGCCUUAUUAAUUAUCAUAAUAAGUUAUUAAUGAAACCUUUCAAAAUCUCUACCAUUUUUUUUUUUAAAUCACCAAGUUUGUAAAACUGAUUUUUAUGUACUUUAAAUUCCUGAUGCAUUGUGUUCAGCAGAACUAGUCUUUACAAACAUUUUUGUUAAGGUACAGGUAAUUCUGUAUAAUACCCUGUGUUUAUUUACACAUAACUUUGUUCGCUGUAUUUCUUCUUUUUGGUAACCAUGGUUACUAUGAAAUAUAUUUCCAGUUAUUGAAUAUUCACAUAUGAUAUGCUCAAAAUGUGAGUGCAGGAUUUAGUCAACAUGUAAUGUUGCAAAUUAUGUUUUCGUGUGUUGUUUUUGCAGCUUUAUUUACCACAGAUACAUAUCCCUGUUAGAUCUCAAGUGUCAUUUUUAUAAUUGUUUAACGGACCAUCAAAGGUUUAAGUGAUGUUGGGCCGUUAUAUAUAUAAAAGGUUACAUAAUACCGGGUGUAGUUCUUCCCUCUGUAACAUCUCAAGGGCUACAUUAUGUUGAUUGUCAAGUCUUUUACUUCAGUUUUGUUUACGAUGUUUGAACUACCACGACCCUCAGGAAUGAUUAAACAAUGGGCAAUUAACUAUAAUGGAAUCAUUAGAAAAAGGGGAAAAUUUGUAAAAAGGAGUAUUUCUGUGAAGCUGAUCUGAUUGUGAUCAUGAUAGUUGUGAAUACUAACACUCAACAUUUUCAAACGUUUGUGUAAAGCAACUAUGCUUCAACUUAACUGUAGCCAUUGCUUGUAAAUGUUUUCUUUCAGAAACAGGUAAUUAUUUUUGUUGCAGGUGUGCAGGCAUCUCUUGUAGAAUAUUUGUGAUUGUGUACAUUUCCGUAACACAGUCAAGAUCUAAUGUAGCAUAGCAGGUGCACAUGUAUGGUUCUCUCAAACAGAUUUUAGUUUGUGAAUAAAAAUCACGAGAUUAGAUCCGAUCCCACGUCAUGAUAAAUGAG